CAAUGGAGUCAUUAACAUUUUCUCAACUGCAAAGCAUGCCAUUGUAUAAAUACAUGAGGUCUCAUUACUACAAACAUCACAAGCCCCUCCUUUCUCCAACAUAUAAUCUUCAGCUUUUCCCUCCAUUUUCAUAAUUAGUUCAGCUCUUCUUUAACAUCGACAAUGCCUCUCACACUUGAAUUCAAGAAGGAACUUGAACAAAGGUCAGAAAGAGUUAAAUCGGUGGAUUUCCAUCCAACAGAGCCAUGGAUUCUAGCAAGUUUACAUUCAGGAACAGUGUGUAGUUGGAACUACCAGUCACAAGCUAUGGAGAGGUCUUUCAAAUUAACAGACUCACCUGUAAGAUCAGCCAAGUUUAUAGCGCGUGAACACUGGAUUGUUGCUGGAUCUGAUGACAAGUUUGUCCAUGUAUACAACUACGAUACCAAUGAAAAAGUUAAACAUUUUGAGGCGCACACAGAUUAUAUCAGGUCUUUGGCUGUGCAUCCUACCCUUCCAUAUGUUCUUUCUGCAUCCGAUGACAAGCUCGUAAAGCUUUGGGAUUGGGAGAAGGAUUGGGCUUGCACUCGAAUCUUUGAAGGACACAGCCAUUAUGUCAUGCAAGUAGCAUUUAAUCCAAAUGACACCAACACCUUUGCUAGUUCAUCACUUGACUGCACAACAAAGAUUUGGGAUAUUGGCUCCCCUAGUCCGAAAUUCACUCUGGAGGGCCAUUCGAAAGGGGUAAAUUGUGUUGGUUUCUUCACAGCUGUUGAUAAACCAUAUCUGAUCACUGGUUCCGAUGACUAUACCACUAAGGUGUGGGAUUGUGACACCAAAACUUGUGUCCAGACGCUAGAAGGCCACACGAACAAUGUAACUUCAGUAUGUAUUCAUCCAGAAAUUCCCAUUAUCAUUACAGGUUCUGAGGAUGGGACUGUUCGGAUAUGGCAUGCAACAACUUAUAGGCUUGAGAACACACUGAAUUAUGAACUCGGAAGAGUUUGGCAUAUUGGAUGCAUGAGAGAUUCAUCCCAAAUUGUAAUUGGUUGUGACCAAGGAACCAUAAUGGCAAAAGUGAUCGGUUCUCACAGUUGGGAUUCUGCGAACCUUGACGAUGACAAAUGAAUAACUUCAAUUUACUUGAUGCCGAGGAGUAUGGCUAGCGCUUGGCGGCUAGAGCAGUAGCCAUACUGCUCUAGACCACUGCUAUUACAACCAUAUGGUGUGUUUUGAAAGAAUAACUUCUUCUAUCUUUCAGUUGGGAGAUAGACUAUAAAGGUGUAAAAAGUAGUACUAUGUGUGUAUUGUGUGUUUUGUAACAACUCCAAAAGGAUAUGACUAUUAAGGUCACUAGAAUCAUUUCUAAUGUCCUGCAUUGUAUAUGUCAUUUUGGAGUAAUCAAAUAUUAUUACUUUUUUGGAAUUCAAUUAAGUUGUUUGCUGGGGAAAA